AUGUUCAAUAAGCGUUUUCAUUUUCGCUUACGAUCAAAGGAGACUCGACUCUCCGUUCCAAACACUUUGACAUAUUCGCUCAAAGGACUUGAUAUUACUGUCACUUCUGAAAGGAGAGUUCCACAAGUCAGUAGUAGUAUUUCUCAAGACAUAGAACUAACAAAUUCUUCAACUGAAUCCAACCAAAAUUCAAUAGAUGAACACAAGAAGCAAAUGGCGACAACAGUUUCUGUGAAAUUUUCAUCUCUUGAGAUCUGUGAUGACGUCAAACCCAUCUUUAAAUUGGCUGGAGAUGCUCCUUUUGACAUGUCGAUGGUAGUUGAGCAGUCUCUCUUAACAUUUCAUAUCUGUCAUCCAUUGCUAGUUUUCAUACCAAAAGAUGUGAACAAGUUACAUGAGUAUUGGUCGAAAGUCAUUCAAUACUUUUCGCAGUACUUCACAUCGCAACCAAAAACUAUAUUUACUAUCAAAUAUUCUAUUUCUCUCGGGACACUAAUACUUGAGGAUAAUCAAUCGAAAGGCGAUUUAGUGUUUGAAGGCAACUUAAAUGGUUUAGUCUACGUCGGUUCGGACCAUAAACACCCACUCGAGACUCUUGAAUUGGAGUUACACAAUUUCCACAUCUCUUCAUCGAAAAACGAGGUGCUCAAUCGAACAAAUUUAACACUGAAAGUUACUAAGACGAUUGGACGGAAACAGUUCGACGAGAAUUAUCAAGUCGAUUUCACUACAAAACCAAUUCAACUGAAGAUCGGCGCGUUCGAAUGCUUUUUAAUGUCACACAUCUUCGACCAACUCUCAACUGACAUCCAACACUACUUCUUUAAUAAACCUCUCCCCUUCCCACAACACACAUCAAAGGUCUUCACACCAACAGACGCAGUGCAACAGACUAUUAACUUACCAGUCAUGUCUGCUCCAACACUGAAGAAGUAUCAUGUGAUCAUCCCAGCUAUCACAGUGAUCUUAUCUUCGGAUGUGAAGAACUUUUUGAUCUCAGUGGACACCAUUCAUAUGUCGGGGAAGACUAGUUCGAUGACCGUCGACUUCGAUUUCCUCCUCCAGUCGUUCAACGCGGACAAACAAAAGUUUGAGAACGUCAUCGACAAGACCAAAAUCAAGUGUGCGUGGAUUAACACGUCGUGUCGAGUGAUCACAAAAAAGGCGUUCAAUGUGAACAUCACGCCACAUUUUUUAAUCUCACUCUUCUCUCUGUCUAAAAUGGUCAGAGACGUGAAACCAAAGAACUUCGACAUCACCACUAUCAUCACCCCACAGAGAACGCCUCUCCCCAUUAUCAAAGGAUUUGUCGUCUCCAAUUGCUCCGGCUGUACCAUCGAAUUUGUCGUGAAAGAUAGAAAGAUCUUUGCAGAGAAUGGACAAGACGUCGAGUUACCAGAAGGUCAAGAUGUCGUGAUGAAAAUCGAAGGGUUUAAUUCGGCGUCAUUCACUAUAGGUGGCGUCAAAAGAGUACUUGAACUCACAAGCCACGACACUGGGAAACCACUGGGAUAUGUCACUUUAGAACGAGUCUCAAAUCGGCAGUUAAAAAUCGUCUCUCCAAUUUCAGUCUUUAAUACAACAUCCCAACGCAUCGUCGUGUACUUCUCAACCCCUUCAAUUAAGAACUUCUUAGUAAAAAAAUUGCGACCGGAAGAAACCCUCUUUUUACAGCCCUUUUUUGCUCGAACGUACUUCUCCGUGGCGUGUGCGCCGGAAGGGGAAGUGCCACAAGAGAACAAAAUCUGCACAUUCCAUAUCCCUACAGAAGACGACACAAUACACCCCGAGUGGGAACAAAGUAUCACUAAACUCUAUGGAAAGGCCCCCGUCGAUAUCAUUAUGAUGUCACCUAAACUAGGGUUACCAACUAAGACCUUAGAAGGAAAGUACGUCAGAACAGUCACUUUUGUGGUCCAACACCCUUACGUCUUUAAGUCCAAAUUACCAAUCACUUUAGUCCUCGAGUUGGACGAUAUCAAUAAGAACAAAUUGGAGAUACCGCCAUUCGGUAAGACUACAUAUGCACACAACAAUCAAAGACUCUCCGGUAUCUUACGAAUGACUGAAAAUACCGUCGAGAACUUCGAUAUGGACAAAGCUGGUCUGUACGUCAAUUCACAACCGUUCUACCUCUUCCCAUCAAAUUUGAGAGGGAAGAAAGUCAUAUUUAAAUCGCCGUCGCAUAUCAGCGAAAUGAACAUCUCCUUUGUGGAAUACGAAAACGCUCCCACAGAAGUCGUCUUCUUUGUGAAUUACUUUGUGAGGAACUACACGUUACUACCACUUGCAGUGAAUGACAUUAAAAUACCGACCGAUGGCGCCGUUGUGCCGAUUACCAUUCCAAAAGUGAUGAACCAAAAAGAAGCAAAAGCAGUGAAGAAGCUCCAAGACGAGAACGUCGAAAAGAACGUGAGAAAGAGGAAGCGGACUCAACCCACCCCGCGCAAGACUCCGGAGAACAGUGAGAGUAGUGACGAUGACAUUUCAAGUGAUAUCGACAAGGAAGUUGAAAUUGGACAUCUUUCAUUGCGGUCGGAGAAUUACUUGAUGAUCAGUAAACAAGUUGUCCUGUGCUUUGACAAGAUUGGGGAAGUCACACUCGGGACUCCUCCCAUUGAUUUUGUGUAUAAUACGAUAGCUGAUGACACCCAUGGGAUUAAAGUGUGUGUAGUGAAGCAGAAGUACGUUGUGCAGAAUUUGAUGGUCCAUCGUAUGAAAUUUUACUGUGCCCAAUUUCCAAGUGGGACUGUGGUGUUACCGAAGUCGUAUGUCCCCUGUAACGUGAGUGGGAAAUUAAAGAUCUCAGCAACUGUUGUUGUCAACGAAGAAGAGUACCAGAGUGAGGACUUUUCUAUUUAUAAAGCGAUGAAUUGCCAAAUGAUAUUAACAGGGAAAGACGAGAAGUACAUCUUUGUGAAUAUCAGUGUCACUGUAGUUAACAAAGAGUUCACUAUUAGCUUUGAUGGUGUCCAAAAGCCGAGUUUGUGUGUUCAGAACUUCACAUCGUUUCCAAUAACAUUCGCGCAAGUGAACACGAUCCACACAUACACUAUUCAACCAAACAAAUCAUUUCCUUUUGCGUGGACAAACCCUACACUGAAGCAUUUAAUACAAAUGCAUGACAAGGAAAACACUCUAAUCAAUCCAUUAAUAUCUUCUACACAGCACACCCUUCAAAUGUUCAAUUCACUGAAGAAGAAACACGAAUAUGCGUAUUCCUCUUUCGCUCUGAAUAAGGGAACAACUUAUAUCAAUUUUAAUACCGUCAGUUUGUAUGACCCCAAAAUAGACUCGUUGCCUUUAUAUGACUUCUCUCUGGCUGUUCCGUCGUUUGGAGUCUCCGUGUUAGUCAACAGCAUGGAGUUCUUACACUUCUCUGUAUUUAACGUCCAAACUAAAGUCGUCCAAACCUUUUUACACACUCAUUUGGAGUGUUCGGUGGACUAUUUCCAAGCUGAUUGUCAAGAUGUGACUCUCUUAGAAAGUAAGCCCGUGAUUAUCUCGCCAUCGCCAUCGUCUUGGGUGUCUGACUCCAAGCAAAACUAUUUCCACUUAGGCUGCAAAUUACUUCGGAUGGGGGUUGGAGAGAUUUUGAAUUACUCGUUACAUGUCGUAGAGAUCACAACGGCGCUCCAGACCACUGAAAUUCAAAUUGAUCCUUCCUUCUUAGUACGUGCUUUAGAAGUGUAUAAUAUCUACAAGAGUGUCUACUCUACUAUUGAAACUGAGAAGAAAAAGAAAGACGGAACAUCUGAAGUGGUCCAGGAGACCUUCUUUCUUCAUAUUGAGAGGUUUGUGUGUAACUCAUUAGCAUUCCAUGUCACUAUUAAUCCAAGUGCAGUCAAGCCACCACCUUUAUCGGAGUCUGCAACUACUUUGCACCACUUGACUCAAAUGAACGCAGUCAAGAACGUCCCAAUAGUCGUGCACAGAUUCCACUCAAAGCCCGUCGAGACGUCUUUCAAAGACUUCGCGCGAGUGAUCAUCGAGUACUUCUCCAAAGAAAUCAAUUUCAAGUCCAUAAAGCAGCAAUGGGCAAGUGGGAUAGUCGGAUUGAAUAACAUACGACUCUCCUAUGAAGUCGUCGAUUACAAGACCUUUGAACGGUACACCAUCCCCAUCGACUUAUUCACUGACGUCGAGAAGAAACUCCCCGACGAAUUCAAGAACUCCCUUGAGAAGACUUUUUAUAAGAGCAUCGAUCUUGGCGUCGAUGCACUCAAUGAUGGGUUUGUCUCGGGUAUUAAAGGCCUUUGGAGCACCCCCUCUACUAUGUACCAGAUGGCUAAAGAGAAGUCCGUCUUACUUGGCCCACUAGGAUUUGUCGGUGGGAUAUUUGCGGGAGUAGCUGGAGUGGUAGUCAAGCCGAUCGAUGGAGUUGUAGGCUUUGUGCAAAAUGUUGGGAUGGGGAUAAGUGGGGAGUCCUGUGGCUUUAUAGCGGAGGAUAGAGUCCGUUUUCCGUGGUAUGUAGCUGGUGGGGAUUACAAUGAGAAAGAUGCAGUGGGGUGGUCGUUCUUAGUCGAGUGCAAUAAAGGAAGAUAUCACACUGCAAAGUACAUCGAUUGUGUUUUUAAGCAGCGAGAGAAAGGAAUAGACACACUUGUAGUCACCGAGACUGCACUCUUUGUUAUUUCUAAGAACUAUGGGAGUCGGCCGGUGUGUACUUUUACGACAUUUUUGUCGUCUUUUAUUGGAAUUGUGUCACACCCCACUCUCCUCAAAAUAUUUUACAAACUACGUGGCGUGCAGAACUCAUUUGAUUUAGUCGGGUGGACUACUGUUGAAGCCAACGCGUUAAGAAGCAUUAUAGAAAACUCAAAAGGACUUAUAGCAGGACUGGAUGUCGAGAAUGUGUUACUUCCACCAUCAUACCACUAA